AUGGAAGAAGAAGUCGCAGCCCUCGUCAUUGACAAUGGAGGGGUAGCUCUCGGAAGGAAUCAACAACCGACCGAGAAACCCCAAAUCUUCUACAACGGCGAAGACUCUAUAAGUAAGAAGAAUGAGACUGAUAGGUUCUGUAGUUCUGGAAUGUGUAAGGCCGGUUUCGCCGGUGACGAUGCUCCAAGAGCUGUUUUCCCUUCCAUUGUCGGUCGUCCCCGUCAUCAUGGUAUUAUGAUUGGUAUGGGUCAAAAGGACUCAUAUGUUGGAGAUGAAGCGCAAUCCAAGCGUGGUAUUCUCACCCUUAGAUACCCAAUUGAGCACGGUGUUGUCACCAACUGGGAUGAUAUGGAGAAGAUCUGGCAUCACACUUUCUACAACGAACUUCGUGUAGCACCAGAGGAGCACCCAGUUUUGCUCACUGAGGCCCCAAUCAACCCAAAGUCCAACAGAGAAAAGAUGACACAAAUUGUCUUUGAGACCUUCAACGCCCCUGCAUUCUACGUCUCUAUUCAAGCCGUCCUCUCCCUUUACGCUUCCGGUCGUACCACCGGUAUCGUUCUCGAUUCCGGUGAUGGAGUCACUCACGUUGUUCCAAUUUACGAGGGUUUCUCCCUUCCUCACGCCAUUGCUCGUGUUGAUAUGGCUGGUCGUGAUUUGACUGAUUACCUCAUGAAGAUCUUGGCUGAGCGUGGUUACACUUUCUCCACCACUGCCGAGCGUGAAAUUGUCCGUGAUAUCAAGGAGAAGCUCUGUUAUGUUGCCCUUGAUUUCGAGCAAGAAAUUCAAACCGCCAGUCAAUCCUCCAGCUUGGAGAAGUCAUACGAACUUCCUGAUGGACAAGUUAUUACCAUCGGUAACGAGCGUUUCCGUGCUCCAGAAGCUUUGUUCCAACCAUCUGUCUUGGGUCUUGAGAGCGGUGGUAUCCACGUUACUACCUUCAACUCCAUCAUGAAGUGUGAUGUUGAUGUUCGUAAGGAUUUGUAUGGUAACAUUGUUAUGUCUGGUGGAACUACUAUGUACCCAGGUAUCUCCGAUCGUAUGCAAAAGGAAAUCACUGCUCUUGCACCAUCAUCGAUGAAGGUCAAGAUCAUUGCACCACCCGAGAGAAAAUACUCCGUCUGGAUCGGUGGUUCUAUUUUGGCAUCUUUGUCCACUUUCCAACAGAUGUGGAUCUCAAAGCAAGAGUACGACGAGUCUGGACCUUCCAUUGUCCACCGCAAGUGUUUCUAA